CCCAUUGAUGUCAGGCUUGUUCUUAAAAAAAGGCAAAACAAUUCGCAUGACAAAAACGCUCCAAUAUCGCUUCUAGGUGGCGAACAAAGCGCAAACGCACUCUGUUCGAAUAUUCCGAAUAUACGAAAGCAUUGGGAUCACACCAGAUAUGGUUUCGCCUGUCACAGUGGUGAAAAGCGAGGGGCCAAAGUUGGUGCCCUUCUUCAAGGCCACCUGUGUUUAUUUUGUGCUGUGGCUGCCCACCUCGGCACCGUCCUGGUUCAGCGCCCUCAUCAAGUGUCUGCCCAUCUUCUGCCUGUGGGUCUUCCUGCUGGCCCACGGCAUUGGCUUCCUGGGUGCCCACGCCAGUGCCCGAAAAAUCCUGGCCGGCCUCAUCUUCUCAGCGCUCGGAGAUGCCUUCCUGAUCUGGCAGGAGCAAGGGUACUUCAGCCAUGGGCUGCUGAUGUUUGCCAUUACUCACAUCCUGUACUCUUCAGCCUUUGGAAUGAAGCCCCUGAACCUGGUGGCGGGGCUGGUGAUUGGGGGCGUGUCAGGGCUGAGCUACGCCCUGCUCUACCCCUACCUGUCCGGCCCGUUCACCUACCUGGUGGGCGUCUACAUCGGCCUGAUUGGCUUCAUGGGCUGGCGUGCCAUCGCCGGAGUGCAGCUGACCAACGACCUGUGGACGUGGACGCAGCUGUCGGCCUGCCUGGGGGCGGUGCUGUUCAUGGUGUCUGACCUCACCAUCGCCGUCAACAAGUUCUGCUUCCCCGUGCCGCACUCCCGCGCCAUCAUCAUGGCCACCUACUACGCCGCGCAGAUGCUCAUCGCCCUGUCCGCCGUCGAGUGCCAGGACGCCGACGCUGCUCGAAAGAGGGGGUGAGGCGGGCUGUGGGCCCCCCUUCCUCGCUGCUGACCCCCCCAACCCCCCCCCCCCC